CCCCCCGCGUCGCCGACGGCCGACGGCGAUGGACGGCGACGACCGGCGGACCCCGCUGCUGGGCGGCGAGGGCGGCAGCACCCGCCCGCCGUCGCUGCGGCGCCGCGACUCGGCGCGCUCGCUGCGGAGCACCUUCCUGUCGCGGCUGCCCGACAAGGUGCGCGGCGGCGGCGACCCCGAGCGCCCCGCCGCCGACGUCGACCUCACCCGCGCCAAAGGCCUCUCCCAAGGUGAAAAGGAGUACUAUGAGAAGCAGUUGGCUACACUGAAAAUCUUCGAGGAGGUGGAGGCGCUGUGCAUGCCCGGCGAAUUCGAGUCGGAUGCCGAGGUGCUCGAGCUCGAGGACAAGGAGCAGAAGCAGAGCGAGUCCGCCAUGAAGAUAUCAAACUACGCCAAUAUCAUCCUCUUGGUUUUCAAGGUUUAUGCCACGAUCAAGACGGGCUCCAUGGCGAUUGCUGCAUCCACGCUUGAUUCCUUGCUGGAUUUCUUGGCUGGGGGUAUCCUUUAUUUCACACAUCUUACAAUGAAGAGUGUGAACAUUUACAAGUAUCCGAUCGGGAAAUUGCGUGUUCAGCCUGUUGGGAUCAUCGUCUUCGCGGCCAUCAUGGCCACUCUAGGUUUCCAAGUCUUGAUCCAAGCUAUUGAACAACUGGUGGAGAACAAGGCGGGAGAGAAGAUGACACCGGAGCAGUUGAUAUGGUUGUACUCGAUCAUGCUUUCAGCAACUGUGGUGAAACUUGCCCUCUACAUAUACUGCAGAAGCUCAGGGAAUAGCAUUGUCCAGGCAUAUGCAAAGGACCAUUACUUCGAUGUCGUAACCAAUGUUGUUGGUUUAGUGGCUGCUGUGCUUGGAGAUAAGUUCUUCUGGUGGAUUGACCCAGUAGGGGCUGUGCUACUUGCUGUGUAUACCAUUGUGAAUUGGUCUGGAACUGUAUACGAAAAUGCAGUUACACUGGUGGGUCAGUGUGCCCCUUCAGAUAUGCUGCAGAAACUGACAUACCUCGCCAUGAAGCACGAUCCACGUGUGAGGCGGGUUGACACGGUUCGAGCUUACAGCUUUGGAGCUCUCUACUUUGUCGAGGUUGACAUCGAGCUAUCUGAGGAUAUGCGCUUGGGUGAGGCGCACUCCAUUGGUGAAUCGCUGCAGGACAAGAUCGAGAAGCUUCCAGAAGUUGAGCGUGCUUUUGUUCAUGUGGAUUUUGAGAGCACUCAUAAGCCGGAGCACAGGGUUCGGAGCAGAUUGCCCUCUACUGAGCCUUGAGCCCUUGACAGCUCCAGUUUUACUCUUGUGCAGUGUACUGAAAUUCUGGUACUGUAGUACAGUCUUCCACUGGUUUGGUUUGUCGCUGAGGCAGCAGAAGGCUUAUGGUUACACGUACACGGUGACGGUAGGUCGGUAGCUGGCUUUUGGGUAGAGGAAUCUGUAUGUCUGAGUGAAAUAAUACUGGAUUCGCCAUUUGGUGCGUUUCCUUUUUUGUUUCC